UGUAUUUGAUGAUAAUAUUUACUAUAAUUUUCUAUGGAUUCACUGCAUUCAAGGAUGUAAAUAAUAAUGAUAUGAUAAGCCAGGAUUUGUUACAAUUAAUGAUUAUUAAUAUACAGAUAGUUCAAAUCCAUAUUAAAAAAAGAAAUAAUCAUUUCAUCCAUUUCCAGGUAAUUCUCAAUAGAGAACAAAAGAGCAAGUGCAAGAAGAACAUAUAGAUUUGAAAAUUAUUGAAUAAGCUAAAGAUAAUCCAAAGUAUAUAAAAUUUAUAUAUUAUAGGAAUAAAGAUGAAUUUGAAAUGGAAUGUGAAGCAUCAAUGGAUGAAUAAAAUUAACAAUCAUAUAAUGAAAUAUAAAAUCUUGAUAAUAUUGCUUAAUCUAAUGAGAAAACACCAGAAAAAUCAAAUACUCCUUCUAAAAUGUAAAGUCCUCAUUCAAAUAAUGCACGUAAAUCUUAAGUGUUUUCUUAAGGAAGUACAAAACCUGACAUCAAUAAUAAUAAUAAUAAUGCAAAUACAUAAACAGAUCCUUAAUGUAAUUUUUAAUAAGAAAUCAAUAUUGAUUAAAAUGAAUAAAUUGAACAUCAAUAAUCACCUAAAUCUGUUAAUAAUGAUAAAAAUAUUGAUUAAAGUGUACAUCAUGGAAAUAGUAUGUUUAUAGAAAAGAGAUAUUGUCCAAUAUGUAAUCAAGAUUAAAUCAUUCGUUCUAAACAUUGUAGAAAAUGUAAUAGAUGUAUAGCAUUAUAUGAUCAUCAUUGUCCAUGGGUAUUAUUAAUAUAAAUAAUAUAUUUAAUAGACAAAUAAUUGUAUUGGUGAAAGGAAUAGAUGUGUAUUUUAUUGGUUUCUAUUUUUCUAAAUAUAAGAAAUAAUAUAUGUAAUGAGAGAAGUAAAUAUUAUUUAUCAUAAGUAGACUUUUCCAUAUAUUGAUUUCUCUUCAUAUAAUAAAUGGUUUUCAAUAUUAGUAGUGAUCAGUAUAGUGAUAUCAAUAUCAAUGGGAUUAAUGGUUCUCAGUUUAUUUUUAUUCCAUUCUUUGUUGAGUUAUAAGAAUAUGACAACUUGGGAAUAUAAGAGUUGGAAGAGGAUUUCAUAUCUUAAAGAUUUUCCAUAAUAAUUGGGAUCCCCUUUCAGCAAUGGAUGGAAACAAAAUCUUCAAUAAUAUUGUCGUUUUUCUGUAACUAAAUUGACAAAUUGGGAAUAUAGUACAUAGAGUUUGAAUUUUAUAAAAUGAAUAAUUAAUCAAUUAAUUAGACAUAGUAAUAACAUCAAUAUGAAGAAAUCGAAUAGGCUCUUUAAUUACAAUGUGAUUUUGUUGAUAAAAUAGUCUCUAAUUUGACACUUGUUAAUAAGGACUUAUAAAUGAUUUAAGCAUAACCUUAAGAAUAAUGGUAGAUUGAAAAAAAUAAUUAUCUAAAAUAAAUUGCAGAUCUAAGAUCUUAGAUUGAUAAAAUCUAAUCAGAUUAUGAAUCUGAAAUUGUCUAAAUGGAUGAGAGAUUUUAAAUAACUAAACAUAGUAAUAUUAAUUAUUAAUUAUAUAGAAAUAUAAGAAGAACAUGAUAUAGUAUUAUAACUUAAAGAUAAUUAGAUAAUUAAAUUACAAUAAGAAUUAAAAUAAAUAACAAAAUAAAAAGAGGAUUUAUAAUCAUAAAUGUAAUAAUCUAAUAGAAAACAUUCUAAUGAUUAAAUUACUGUUGUCUAAAAAUUGUAAACUGAAAAAGAAAUUAAUAAACUUAAAGAUGAAAAUAAAAUGCUUAAAAUUUAAUUACAAUAAUUGUAAGAUUAAAAUGCAAAAUUUGAAGAAAACUUGUUAAAAAAACAUUAAUAAUUUUAAGAAUAAUUAAUAAUUAAAUAAAAAGAAAUUAAUUAAAUGAAAGAAUUAGCUUAACUUAUUUUAGAUCAAAGAACUUAAAUAGAAGACUUUUUUUUGGAAUCUUUAUAAAAAUUAGAAUUAGGGGAUGAUUUAUAAAUUAAAUCAUUACCUUAAAAUGCUAAAAUUUAAAUAUUAAAAGAAAUUAUUGCAGCUUUUACAAAGUAAAAACAUUGA